AUGGCUCAUGACAAUAACGCCGCGGUGCUUGACGUGGACGAUGAUGAUGUUCGUUCAGAAGUGGGAAGUAGCGUAGCCUCAUCAAGCACCAGUCUCCGCAAUUCUCUUCUUGAUUACCGUCUUGAAAACGGCAGGACAUAUCACCGAUACAAAGAUGGCAAAUACAAUCUUCCCAAUGACGAGCGAGAAUUGGACAGGCUAGAUUUGCAGCACCAUUUGUGGCUUCUUGCGCUCGAUGAUAGACUUGGAGUCGCCCCGCCUUGUAGAGAAGGCACCAAAGUCGGUCGGGUACUCGAUGUUGGAACUGGAUCUGGCAUUUGGGCCCUCAAUUUUGCUGACGAGCACCCUGAAGCUGAAGUGUACGGCAUUGAUCUUUCGCUGACUCUUCCUGGCUACAAUCUGGAGCCUGGUGGAUGGAUUGAGCUACAGGAGUUCGAUCUCUAUCCACGAUCAGACGACGGAACUCUCACGCACGAGCACUCGCUAAUUAAGUGGUGUGACCUCCUCCUUGAGGCAUCGGAGAAGCUCGGUCGCCCCUAUGUUGAAGUUCCGCCAUUGAAGGAUCUCCUCACAGAGGUAGGCUUCGUGGACGUGUCAUUGGAUCUAUACAAGUGGCCCACCAACACUUGGCCGAAAGAUGAGAAGUACAAAGAAAUCGGCUCCUGGCACGGCGAGAAUGUCUUUAGCGGCCUCGAGGGCUUCACGAUGGCGGCUUUGACGCGUGCCCUGGAUUGGUCGCGGGAUGAAGUCAACGUCUUCCUCAUUGAUGUACGCAACAACAUCAAGGAUAGAACCAUCCACGCAUGGUGGCUGGCAUACUUCAUCAUCGGUCGUAAGCCAGAGAAGGUGGACAGCCCGGCUCCCCCGGCUCCCCCGUCCCCUGAAGCCGCUGCCUCCCCUGCGGCCCAGACUCCGGCACCGGCUGAGACUCCAUCUUCCCCUCCGGCUGCAGCUUCGGCUCCAGCUGGGAGCACAGCUUCCGCUACGAGCCCAGCUCCGGCCCAGAGCCAUACGCCGGCUGCGUCUUGA